AUGAACAAGUACGACUACAAACGCACCAAGCUCCACUCAGGGGAGAUCAGGCUGUUCAAGCUACACUCAGGAUCCGGUUCAGACCAGCUAGAGGGGAACUUGGUUCGUCGCAAGGUGAAGAGAAGCAAUCUGUCAGCGAAACACGAAGCAGGUCUCCCAAAUGUUCGAACAAAUGGUGCGGACUCGACUUCGAACACUCCUUUCGCUGAAGAAUACCUGGCUCUGUCGUAUACGUGGGGAAUGCCCGCACGCGGAGGCGAAGAGAAGUUCCUACGGGUGAUUGACACCAACGAAACUUACAAAAUCGAGAUCAAGCCGAAUCUCCAUGGUGCCUUGAUGCGGCUCCGCGACCCUGUGGACACACUUCUACUUUGGAUCGAUGCCAUCUGCAUCAACCAGAGCGACAAUCGAGAGAAGAGUUCUCAGAUCCCAAGAAUGUCGGACAUUUUCAACGAGGCCAAGAAAGUGUGCAUUUGGCUGGGGCCCACCGAGGACGAGAGCAACCUUGCAAUGGACUUCAUUCAAAAGUGCCUGGACCUGGACGAUUUCAGCCAACGAUUCAGCCAGGACUUCUCCGAAAAGUGGCAUGCAGUAUCGAAACUGAUGAGGCGACCUUGGUUCAGCCGUCGAUGGAUCGUCCAGGAACUCGCAAGAGCUCGAAAUGCCGAGGUUUACUGUGGCGACCAUAAGCCCAUGCAAUGGCAGGACUUCGCAGAUGGCAUGUCUCUGAUGUCAGCCCACCAAAAGGAGAUUCAGCGGCUUUUUCGCGAAUCAAAGCGGUUUGGCCAUCAUCCCGAUCUCGUGGGCGACCUGAGCGAGUUGGCCGCGGUCAAGCUCAUUCACAUUGUGGACCACAUCUUCCGCAAAUCCGACAAUGGCGAGAUCAUCGAAGAGCUGCUCCCACUGGAUGCGCUCAUGUCUUCUCUUGCCGGUUUUGACACGUCGAAUCCUCGAGACGUCAUGUACGCCAUUCUAUGGCUAGCAAACGACGCACGUCCAGGAGUCAAAGACUCCGAAAUAUGGAAAAUAUCGCAAAAGCAAAAGUCAGGCUCUUACAGCAGUGAUCUGCUAUCUCCCGGUCUCUUACUGAUGACUGAUGGGACGACUUGGGGGCCCGCACCGCAGCCUUCGAUAGGGUCUCCACCCCGAAGCAGACGAACCUCAAUAGCAAGAGCACCAGAUGGAAAAAGUCUCCAAGUCACCCUCCACAGACAACCUUCUAAUUCCAUAACCUCGAUAAUGGAAAACAAACCAGUUUCAUCCCCCACUCAGGCGUCUCCCAAGGAUACCGUAUUUGCCAUCGACAAAGCCGUCAACUCUGAUCAGGCGAUGAGUGAGGCCCUGGAUGGGCCGGAUGGCAAUUCUCUGGCCAGGGGCGCUGCCGACUUGUCAGGGACGGAGCCCCCCAGUGUCAAUGACAAGCCACGGGCAGAGCCAAAUACGUCAGUACGAAAGGAUUACUUCACAGAAAGGCAUACGGCCAAGCCCAGCGAAGAUUUCCAUGACCAAGACUUUCAGCAUCACGAUCAAAUCGUCGUGAACAUCCCCGUCGACGGGCCCGAAGACCGAAAGAACCGCGUUCUCAGCAAAUGGGUCGGCGUCACCACCAACAAAUGGGUGAUUGUCGACUACGACAAAUCCGUCUUCGAAGUCUGCAAAGACUUCAUCAAGUUCAGCCUCGCGCAGUCCAAGAGCCUCGACAUGAUGCUCUGCCCGUGGGCGCCGCCCGUCGAGGCCGACGACCCGCCCCUCCCGUCCUGGAUCCCCAGCCUCACCGGCAAGCCCUUCGGGCCCGACGCCAACGGCGUGCACCGGCGCGUCAAGGCCGACGCGCUCGUCGGCACCCCCGGCCUCACGACCCGCAUCUACAACGCGUCGCGCAACAAGCCCGCGAGCGCCGCCUGGCCGCCCCACGAGGACCGGUGCGUCUCGGUGCAGGGCUUCAUCCUGGACCGGGUCAGUGCAAAGGCAGACCGCGCGAUGGAGGGCGUCAUCCCCGUCGACUGGCUCGAGCUGGUCGGAUGGGACCCCUGCGCGGGCUUGCCGCCGGACAGGUUCUGGCGCUCGUUGGUCGGCAACGUCGACGCGCAUGGGCGCCGCCCGCCGCCGUACUGGAAGCGCAUCUGUAGAGACGCGUUCGGCAAGCGGCAGGGCGGCGGCAAUCUGGAUACCAAGCAGGUCAUCAACAGCGAUUGCGCGCCGCCAAUCCGCGAGUUCUUGGAGCGGGUGCAGCGCGUCGUUUGGGAGCGGAAGAUGUUCAAGCUCAAGCAGCUCGGAGACAGGUCGCUAGGGAUUGGACCGAAGUCGAUUAAAAAGGGUGAUUUGAUCUGCAUCCUGCAUGGAUGUAGUGUCCCUGUUGUGCUACGAAGAAUGGUCGGGGGGAAACCGACUCACAAGGACGCAGUGAUUCCGGAGAAAGAAGAGAACAGGAACGUUCACUACCAGCUCAUUGGCGAAUGUUUCAUCCAUGGAAUGAUGAAUGGAGAAGCUUAUCGUCUCGACUUCGAUCCAAAGAACCGGCAGAGGGAAUUCAAGUUGAAGUGA